AGGACCGCCUCCGGCGCGCCCGGCGGCCGGGGAGCCCGCCGGACUUCAGGUGGCUGCGCCAGGGGUGCUGCGUGGAUGCCGGGGCACCGGGCGGCGGCGGCGGCUGCGCCGCGCCCGCGCGCUGGCUGGGCACGCCCUCCACGUGGGAGCCGGACAGCGGGGCCGAGUCGCUCCGGUGGCCAGACGACUCUGGCGCCUCGGGCUGCGGCGUGAGCAGGCUGGAGAUCCAGGCCUUCGGGCACGCCCCCGAGAGCGAGCCUCUCCAGCCGCAGGCGCUGAGGAGAUGCAGGAGCUCGCCCGCCGUGGCCUCUGCUGGAUGCACGGGGUCGGCGCCCAGGGCGGCGAGCCGAUGCAUCGGCCCCCACGGGCCGCCGCCGCACGCGAGCCCCGCGGGCGCCGCGCGCGAGCCCUCGGCCCUGGGGGCGCUCGCGGGGAUCUCGCCGCGGAGAGCGGCGCCCUCGUGGGCCACGCGGCCCGCCGGCGGGGAGCCGGAUGCCGCCCAAAUUCGUCGGCCGCGCUGUCUGGGGCCCUCGGGGCCAUUUAAUGUCCGUGUCGUGGCUCUGCUCCCCCACCGGCGCGGCGGACCCUGGCGCGCACCGCCACGCAGCCCCCGCACCCUCCGCGGCCGCGGCUGGCGAGGGCAGCGGGGGCGCCGCGGAGGCGGCCGAGCUGCGUGAGCGCCUGCAGGCGGCGCUCGGGCGCGGGAUCGCGCACGCGCGCCGGCUGUGCGAGCUGGCGGCCAGGGACCCGUACGGGGCGCGAACGAC